UCCCAUCAUUGUGUCUGGGUGCUGUAAAUACUGAAAAACAGAUUAAAAUUGGCCAAAAUCAAAACAUUACAAUAGGAUGCUACUGCUGUGAUCUGUUCACAUAUCAGGUGGUUCCCUUCCUUAGCAGCUGGCAUGUUUAUGCCUCAGUGGAACUCGCUGUUCUUGUGACAAACUCUUCUUGAGUGUUGUGGGAAAUGCCACAAAAGAGGAAACAUUCACUUGUUGAGCAAAACAAACAGAAGCCUGGUGCAGAGCACAAGUUGGAGACGGGUGAUUAUCAAGACAGAACUGCCUGUUCAGGUGUCGCAAGACCCAUUGUUUGCCCUUCGCCAUGCAAUCCAAGUCUCUCUGGGGCUCCUGCUGUGGAAACAGGUGAUUCACUAGAAAUUUCAUGGAAGACAUUUCUGUCUGUGUUAAGGUCCAUGGAAGAAUGUUCAGCAAACAAGAUGAGCGCCUUGGCCCCGCAGCUAAUAACAUCUCAACCAGUUUUAUUGAGGAAAAAAAUUGCCAUCAAACCUGAAAAAAUAAGAAAAGGCCGAUCAAGUGCUCUCCCUGUUAUACUGAAACCUGGUGAAAAACCAAAUGCAACACUCCAAAAGGAAAGGGAACCGAGUGCCGUUGUUCACAGCUCAAAGCAAGAUGCAGAUAAAAUUAGAACUGGCUCAGAUCAACUUGAUUCCUGCAGAAAGACUCCUAAAGGAGAUGUAAGUCACUCAGCCAGCAAAACUAAGGGAGAUCAGAGCUCCAGUGAAACAAAUUACACCCAGCUCCCUUUGUCUCUACCUGAGCCCAAAUCUGCGGUCCAAAGACAGCGUGAAGUACCUCCUCUCAUCCUUCAAGAAAACACAUCCCUGACACACAAGUUCAAAAAAGGCAACUUGGGCCUGACAAAUCACAAAGACUGGCAUCAGCAGUCAUCUCAAGCAGAAUCUCAGCUGCCAUCUCAGGAGAGCAACCGCGUGGGAUCAAACAAAGUUUUCCGUCAGAAAUUAAGCAGCUGUGUUAGUGCGCUCCCUCACCUGGAAUGCCAAACUCGAUCUAAUUUAGUUGCAAGUGCUGUAAAGUCCCAGCCACAAGAUGGAACUCUUCCACAGAUAGCCACCAAGAACCUGCAGAACACAUUGCAUCAGCUUUCCUCAGUUGUCCUGUCUGUGUUAAACCGCUUGCAGUCAGGGCUGAAUUCUGCUCUGUCAGUACUCAGCUAG